AUGGCGCCGUUUCCGCUGGCAAAACUGCCAAUUUUGGCCGCAAAAAUGGCUUUCGAGCAAAUGGAACCGAGCACACUGUGAGUUUUAUCGAUUUUCGAGCGAUCCGCAUCGGAAUCAACGAUUUUGUAGGUUCAUCUUGUCGGGAAUGUCGACUAGAAUGCAGAAAAAGAUGGCCGAGGCGGCGGUCCGAUGCGAACGACAUUCGGUGGCGUUCAUCAAAGAGAAUCCGUCGAUUGUGUUGAACUUUUUGGGGAACCGAAAGCUGGAGAUCAAUCUGAAUCAGUCGUUGCCCAGAGACGGACAACUUCACUGCGGAACGUUUAAAAAAAUGAAUUUUAUCUAUUAGUGAGUGUUUUGUCGCCAUUUUCUGACUUUGAUUUUUAAUUUCCAGCCAAAACCUGCUCAACAGCAGCAAGAUCCUGGUGAUGUGCGAGCGGAAGGAGGUGCUCAGUCUGCUGUACAAACUGUACGAUCAUCUGGCCGCCACGUUUCCGACUCCGAUAAUCGGACGGCUCGAAAUCGACACGAACGCCAUCAAAAACGUCUUCAGACUGCUGCGCAUCCCCGAAUUCGCAAAGUGUGAGGUGAUCCAUCUGACAGGCGAUCGGAUGGACCACUCGGACGCAGAGUACCUUCUCGACACGUGUCUCAUCAAAGAGACGUUCGUGCUGAAGACGGAUUUGGGCGCUCGGAUGGAGCAUCCGAGGCUCGCCGACGUCAAGAACAUCGGGAUAUUCAACAACUCGUGGGUCUCGCUUGAAGACGUCGUUUUGAUGCGCGCCGCCCGAAAUAUUGGAGUCUACACGAGGAGCUCGAUCAAGGAUACGGAUAUUGUCGAGUUUGUGAACACUUGGAAGCGCGGAGACUUCAUGCCCAACCUGAAAUGCAUUGAAAUCGAGUACGAGGGCAUCGGAAUCCCGGACCGUGAACGCAUUCUCUGCCUCAUUCGAGCCAACACAAAUCCCGAGGAGAAGAAGAUUCUGAAAUCGAUCUUCUGGCGGCAAGACAGACGGAACCGACGGCUCGGACGGGUUGUCGUGGGCUUCGGAGAGCUGAGGAGACCGCCCAGAAGAGACGUUCCGCGCGGAAGACGGGCGGUCCUUCAACCGACUGUCAGACAGGAUCCGAUGCCGGAGAUGGACGCGGCCGACAUUCUCGAAAUAGAGAGAUACGAAGAGGAAACGUUGGCGUGGCGGAUCCGCCGAGACGGAGGACCCGGACGGCCCGACGACGUCGAGAUUCCGAUUCUGGAUCGCAUCAAGACGAGGAGGGUGAAUUUGAGGAAGCACGGCGCACGAUUCGUCAGGGAAAACGAGUGAGUUUUUUUUUACUAAAUAUUGUAGACCAGAAAGUAGAAAAGUCAUAGAUCGAUUCGUUUUCCAGACAAUUCUGCUCGAUGAUCCGUCAGCCGAACACCGUCACGAUGACAAAGUACGACUUUGAAGUGGUGCGAGCCGACGGGAUCCGUGCCUCGAUCCGAAUACUCGACAACCUGUUCAGCAUGUUCAUCUGGCACAAGCCACCGUCGAGACAGGAUCCGAUGGACAUUUGA